GCUUGGCGACGGGGGGAGGGGCCCGGGGGGAAGGGGGGACGGGCCCGGGGACGGGCGUUGGUGCUGUUUAGCAGUGUUUACCGUGCUCCGGUAUCUGUGGGCGCUGGGCUCCCUGCAAGGCUGCGAUGACGCCCGGGAAAGGGAGGGGAGAUCAGCCAUUCGUUCCGGUUAGUAAGGACAAGCAGAGGGAGGCGGAGUUGAAGUUUUGCGGAUUUAAGUGGAUUACGAAGGGCCAGACGAUGCCGAACUCGAAUGGCAAUUUCCUCAUGCAGUGCAGGCUGUGUGGUCAGGGUUUUCAGGGGAGCCAGACGAAAGUUGCACAACAUUUCACGAUCAAGAACAAUUGCGCCAAAAUCUCUGUGGAGCAGAUGGCGGAGAUCUGGAACAAGACAAAGUACGGGUUCAAUCCAAGCCAUCACCGGAAGAUCGUGGACUUUCUGAAGUCUCGUGGGUUUCGAGACAACAUAUGUGGAUCGGGGAGGGAGCCGACGGGGAAGGAGGAGUUCGAGGACAGCGAGGAGGAGAGGAGGGCAGUCGAGGGUGGAGAUGAUGAUGGUGAGAGUGAUGCAGAGGACAUGGAGGUGCGGCGAGAGGUGGAGCGCGCCAGGGGAAAGAUGAGGAAGGAGAAGGUCGUUGACGAGGACAGCACCCCUGACGAGGACGACGACGACGGCGAUGACGACGAUCAGGGAGCAUACCUUGGGGCCUCUCUGGAUCGGGGGUUGAUGGGCGAUGGCCGUCGUGGCCAAGAGGGGGCAGCCAGGGCGAUGAAGGAGGCUGCAGGAUCGAAGAAGAGAAAGAGGAAGGCGCGAAAGACUGCCACUGAGGCGAGAUCAGCACCUUCUCAACCGAAAAAGAGCAGAGUUCUUCGACAGACGUCCAUGCUGGAGACCUUCGAUCCAGUGUGGCAACGAGAAUUCUCCGACUCCGUCUUGCAGUGGUGGGACAUUGAGGCGACGGGAGCGACCAUCCUCACGGAUGGUCGCAAGUCCAUCACGAGCGACCAGAUAGUCAACUUCCUUACUGCUGGUCCCACGGGCGCGUACCUUUUCAGGACUGUGCAGCGGGACGGUGCUGUUCAGGAAACAGCAGAGGCCGUCGUGGAGCAAUGGAAGGACGUGUUCGACAAGUUCGGUGUCGAAAAGGUGAACGCCAUUUGUACUUAUUCCGCGUCUGCGUAUGUCGCUGCCUCCAAGCUUCUUGCCGAGGAGGAGGUCAAGUACAACCGCAUCACUUGGCUUCCGUGUGCGGUCCAUGUCUGCAACUUGUUGUUGUCAGACAUCGCGAAGGAUGGGCGUGACGGGAGCCUUGGAAAGAGGGAGGACACCAUCAUCAGGGCUCGAGCUGUCGUGCGUUUUAUUAGAGAGCAUAGAGCGGCUCUGAGCCUUUAUCGACGGUUCUCUGCCGCCCACCCCUCUUCCGCCUCCGCGGCGGCUGGUGGUUCCAGCUCUGCGCCAUCCGCGUCUCAGCGGCGAGGCAGGGAGCUUGUGCACCUUUUGCAGACGAGGUUUGCCACCCACUACUUGAUAUUGGAGAGGCUGCUGAAUCGUCGCAGAGCGUUGGAGGCGUUGAUGAUGAGCGACGAUUGGCUGCGGACUGCAUGGAGGUGGUCCAUUUUUCUGCAGGCCAGAUGGUUGCUACGGCGUCUGGAUAGGGGAGGACGCGUGAUGACUCGCAUGUGGUCGUGGGGUUUUGUCAUGGUCGAUAGGGUGGCGAGAGCGAGCCUGAACAAGACGUCGAAGGACGAGCUCCACAUCAAUGUUCAGGCUUGUCAGGCGCGGGUCGCUCAUAUGUUGGAGCCCGCACAUUGCAUGGCCCACCUCCUCAACCCGCGGCACAGGAACAUUACUUUUCUUGGAGCGGCGAGGCGUACCGACCACGAGCGGAUACUAGAAGACGAGUCAUUGCGGUACCUUCGCCGGCAGACUGGUGGUGACGAGGAUUUGUAUCAGACGUUGUGCACGCAGCUGGCGGAGUUUCAUUCUCGGGAGGGCGAUUGGACGUAUGGAGGGGUCGAGGGAGACAGGGAUGCAGCCGCCUGCAAAGGGGAGAAGGAGACGUUACAGCCGUGGUCCGAUCCGGACGACCUGGCCGUGGAGUCAGAGUUUGGAGGUUCUGAUGACGAUGACAACGACACUCCGCUCAUCCAGAUUCCACGUCCUCGCACACGUGCAUCCCCGACAGCCGCUGCACCGUCUCCCGCAGCACGCCCUCCUUCGAGUGCUCCCGACGUCUCGCACCGAGGCCCUGCGGACCGUGUUGAGAGCACGACGCCACACCCUUCGACCGAUCGUCGCGGACAGGGAGGGAUUUGCGAGCGCGGUGAUGAGGGAGACGACGACAAUGGUGACGACAGGGAGGGAUAUGAGGGCAGCAGUGAGGAUGAGGAUGAUCCCUGUUAUUCCCCGAUGCGCGGAGAUGGUGACGAUGACGACGACGAGGGCGGCGACGGUGGACAGGCUGUGGGCGGUUUGCGGAAAUCCGAGAGACAGCGUGGUGACCGAUGCAAUGGUGCAGGCAGCGGAGGCAGAGGGCCGGGUGUUGGGGGUGGAGGGCGCACAAGUGGUGCAGGGCGUGCUGGCAGAGGAGCAGUAAGGCGAGAGUCUACAUCGUCCACUCGCACUGUGCAUUGGGUUGAUGAGGGGAGGCCCGUUGAGGCAGCUGUGGUUGCUCCCUCCCCUGUAGAGGUUGCUCUGUCUCCUGCAGAGUUCGCAGCGGCGUCUAUAGAGGGCGCACCGGUGUCUGCGGAGGGCGCAGGCGGGUUUGCUGGUGGUAGUGGCGAUGCUGGAGAGGUUGAGAGGUCAUCUGCACAGUUGGGUGUCAGUUUCAGCGACAGCAUUUUUGAUGUUUUGUUAGGGCAUCCUCCGACACCGGCAGGGGAGCGUGUUGGUGUCAAUGCGGACGCAGCGGUCGCGCCCAGUGUUGCAUCGAGGGCACGUGUAGCGCGGAUGCUCGAGACGGGCGUUGAGGCAGGUGUUGCAGAGGGCGAAUGCGGCGGUGUGGGCAUAGGGGAUGCGGGCGAGAGACCUGCGUCGCCAGUUCAGGGUGUUUGCGUAUUGCCUCUCGGUGGGGCCAUGUCGGCGGGGGAGUUGAAGCGGCAGGCACUAGAGGACCCGUUGCAGGCAGAUCGCCGCGGGCGGAUGGCCGAGGCGUCGAGGAGAUUGAUGGCAGAGGGCCCGGCUUACGUGCCUUGCAGCCCGUCAGUGCCAUCGUCCACCACAGGUGUCAGCACACCCGCACAUAUGGAGGCAUUGGAGGGUACAGGCGCGGCAAAGGCGACACGGGGCCCCUCGCCGACACCUGCGAGGGAGUCUCCUUCUCCUGAGUCAUGGAAGAAGAAGAUGAGAGCAGGGAAAAGUCUUAGUACUGAGAGGGUCUCCGACCGAGCGACGGACCAGCCCAUGAGCGCACCUGCUGAGGCGACGUUGCCGCAUACCGCAGGGCGUACAGCGGCCACGGGCGACCACGCCGAGCACAAUGCGCCCCCCGGGAGGAGCAUGGCUGCACGUAUAUUGCGGGAGGAUGUGAGGCCAGAGACAAAGCAGCGACCGUCACAGGCACGAGUCGUUUGGGAGUCUGGCAUAGACGAUUUGGAGAUGCCUUAUGGCCAGCGGAGGAGGGUUUCCGUGUACGAUCUUCUUCGACCACAGGGAGGGGUUGAGGCGGCGCCAAAGGGGGAGAUUCAUGCUCCGGAUACUACACACGCGCCGGCAGGCGGCACAGGUCGUGGGGAUGGUGUGACAGGUGUGGUGCCGCAGAGGAGGAGGAAGGACAUUGUGGACGACGAUGAUGCAUAGUUUCACUAUUCGUCUUCUUUCAUCCUCUGAUUGGUAGUAGUAUACAGUAUAUUUAGUGCUUGAGACAA